AUGAUGGAUUAUCAAAUGUAUGCUGGCAGUUUUCUCUUCCCUUCGCCCUCACCAACUUCCAACUCCUUAAACUUACCCCAAGGGAAUGCAGAAUGCAGAAGGCAAUCCCGCUAUGUGAGUCGACUCGGUGACCAUGCCAGCGCGGGAGGCAAAUCCCGGAAACGAGAAGAGGGCCAGAGCCCGUCGAGAGGCAGUCUUAGUCCAGGCUGGCUUGGGAGAUGCACGGACCAGCGAAUGGGCUCUUGUUUGCCAUUUGCUACCCCAUUCUCGCCUUUAUUGGUGCACCAGACGGCUGUUGCUCGUUCUAGCAAGGAGAUUAACUUCAUAAUAGAGUUUGUUUGGAUCUUCAGUUCUUGCCCCAACUUGUUAGCGAUUAUAAUUCUAUCCCAAGGGCAAUGCGGGCUCUCGGAGUGCAUCACUUACUAUCUGGUGGCCAUAGCAGUGAGUGAUUUCCUUGUCAUCAUCACAGGUGGAAUUCUUAACAGGAUUGGCCGUAUUUAUUUUAGCUACAGUAUUCUUUCCACUACCCCUGGCUGCAGUCUAAAUGCGGUGUUGGUGUAUGCAGCCCGGGAUUGCUCUGUCUGGCUGACAGUAGCCUUCACAACUGACCGUUUUGUGGCCAUCUGUUGCCAGAGAUUGAAGAACAUAUACUGUACUAAGAAAUUUGCAUCGCUGGUCUUAGGAGUGGCCUGUGCCCUAAGCUGUGUCAAGAACACCCCUUUCUAUUUCAUUUAUCAGCCCAUGUUUUUCCUAGAAGGGAUGCCCUGGUUCUGUGAUAUCAAGCCCACGUUCCACACUUCACCUGCCUGGCAGGCUUUGCACUGGCUCGACCGAGUCUUGGCCCCAUUUCUCCCAUUCCUCCUCAUUCUUCUGCUCAAUGCCCUGACAGUCAGACACAUUGUAUUGGCCAGCAGAGCACGCAAGAGGCUCCGAGGCACUGAGAAUUGUGAAGAUCCAGAGAUUGCAAACCGCAAGAGGUCCAUAGUCCUGCUCUUCGCAAUCUCUCUCAGCUUCCUCCUCCUGUGGGCCACCUAUAUUGGUCGCUUCCUCUAUCGAUUGCUUGCACAUAAGGGGUACAUCAGCAGCCUGAACUUCAAAGAUCCACAGUACAUCCUUCAAGAAACAACCAACAUGCUCCAGAUAAUCAGCUCCUGCAACAAUGUCUUCAUCUAUGCGGUAACUCAGAAAAAGUUUCGAAAGGAGCUAAAAAGAGUGCUGAUGUGUCCUUUCACUACUCUAACUGGAUGCUUCAAAUGUUAA